ACAUCAUGUUCCAAAAGUGACUCAAAGCAGAGAAUAAAAGAGAACAAAGGAGAAUUAGAGAAACAAGCAGAGGCAAGAACACCGCCAGCCUGCAGAACAAGAGUUGGGGAGAGAGAAACUAAGCGGAGGGAAGGGGGAGCUUCCAAUGGCUGGGAUCGCAGCUUCCAUCUCUUGGCUGGGGAGCCAACUCUCCUCCAGCCACAACAACCUCCCAGCUCUGGCCUUGUCUCUCAUACUGCUUGCUCUGCUGCUUGAUUAUGUCAAGUGGAGGAGGAGAAGCAGCCGCUGGCCACCAGGACCCACCCCUCUGCCUUUCAUUGGGAACUUGCUGCUGCUGGAUUUAAAGAACCCACAUAAAUCUGUUCAAGAUCUGGAAAAAAAGUUUGGACCAGCCAUCUUUCUGCAGGUUGGAUGGAGAAAUAUGGUCAUCCUGAGUGGGUUCAAGACAAUAAAGGAGGCCCUGGGACGAAACCCUGAGAACUUUGUUGACCGAGCACCAGUUCCACUGCUGAAUCUAAUAAACCACGGGAAGAAUUGUGAAGGAAUAACAGUAGCAACAUGCGACAAUGGCUGGAGGGAGCAGAGGCGAUUCAUUGUCUCCCUCCUCAAUAACUUUGUGAGGGGGAAGCCAACGCUUGAAGAAAGAGUGUCUGAAGAAGCUGGAUACUUGUGCUCUGAGUUCAAAUCCAAAGAAGGUUCUCCUUUUGAUCCACAAAUCCUCAUCUACAGGGCUGUUAAUAAUAUAAUCUGCACCCUAACACUUGGUGACCGCUUUGAAUACAGUGAUGAGAAAUUCCUGAAUAUAAUGCAUCUGACUGAGGAGAUCUUGAAGGAAGUAACCAGAAAUUUGCCCCAGCUUAUUGUUGCGGGAUCCUGGUUUUCCUGUUUUCCUGGACCUCAUCGUAAACUGCAGAAACACUAUGAAGAAGUUAGCACUACCCUAAGAGAGAUUGUGAAUGAACAUAAGAAAACAAGAGAUCCCACCUUUCCAAGAGAUUUGAUUGAUGCAUUUCUGGAUGAGAUGGAUAAGGCUAAAGGGAAACCAGAGAACAGUUUUAAUGAACGAAACCUUAUCAAUAUCAUAUUUGAGUUGUUUGGGGCUGCUAGUGACACAAUUUCUUCCACCUUGCUCUAUGGACUGUUGAACAUAGUCGAUCAUCCUGAGGUUCAGAAAAGGGUCCAAGAAGAAAUUGAUGAAGAGAUUGGCAGGGUACGAUCACCUGUGAUGGAAGACCAGUUAAAACUGCCUUAUACUUGCGCUGUGUUACAUGAAAUUCAACGUUGUGCUGAUGUUUUACCUGUUGCAGCUCCAUAUAUGACACACACAGAUAUUGAGGUUGGCAAGUUCAUCAUUCCUAAGGAGACUGCCGUCUUUAAUCAUCUGUCCUCUGUGCUAAAGGAUGAGACAAUGUGGGAGAAGCCACAUGACUUUUACCCAGAGCACUUCCUGGAUGCAGAUGGGCAGUUUGUCAAGCGAGAGGCCUUCCUACCUUUCUCUCUAGGUCGUCAUGCUUGCCCUGGAGAACGAUGGGCCAGAAUGGAGCUCUUCCUCUUCUUCACCAGCCUCCUGCAGCAUUUCACCUUUCGCAUUCCUGAGAACUAUCCCAGGCCCAAGACUGAAAGAUUAUUUGCCCUAACAGUUCAUCCAGCCCCAUUCCAGAUUUCUGCCAUUCCUAGAUGAUGUUUCCAAGCAUAGUAUAUCCAGCAGUCUAAGCAUCAGCCUCAAAAGCAACUACAGAGCAGAAACAAGGAGCAGCGGUUUUUAAAAUUAAUAUAAAUAUUUAUGUAUUUCUUAAAAUAGUAUUCAUAAAAAUAUCAGAGCGUUUUACAACAAUCAUAUGUAAAAUCAUUCAAUAAAAUCAUAUAAAAUUUAAAAAUCAGGAAUCAACUAACUACAGUUUAGGAUAUAGAAUGGAAAAACCCAACAAUGGGAAAUGCAGGGAUAUAAAGCAUGAUCUGAGGUGAGGAUAAUAACAGGUAAUAACAACCAGAUGAUAAAUCACCCUUGAAGCUGCUCAUUAGGAACUAUGUAUAAAAGUAGCAUGCCCUGAUGUUAUACAACCAGUCUACCUGUAUGGUACAUUGUAUAUGGCUAAGAAUAUGCUUUUGCAUGCAGACUAUAAGAUUAUUCAGCAUUCAACAAAUAAAAAUAUAGACACACCAA